UUCAGUACUACUGCUGUGUGGGAUUUUUUUGUGUUUUUUUUUUUUUGGCAGUGGCAAGUGUAUUAAACUCACUUAAAUCGAAUGAUGCUUCUUCAGCAGGGAAAUUCUUUAGCAGUUGUGCCCAGGCUCAUCCACUCUUCUGUAAUGUAUCUGUUGCUGACUGUGGAGGGAAUGGUGCUACUGCUGCUGAUUUGGCAGUAUAGCCUUUGGAUUUACUGCUGUUUCUCACUGUCAAGACUGAAAUAGUUUCUUCAAUUUUUUUCUAACUCAGACUAAAAUAUUUUUGAUUCUCUGGGUCAAAGUUUGCAUAUUCUAUAGUUAGUGGUUUUUUGCACAGGGCAAUGUUGUUACUUUCCUGUUUUUCAAUUUUUUUUUUGAGUUGGAUGCAUGUGGCUUUUAAUUUGACAGAUCUAGCAAUGUUUCUUAUUGUUACUGGUUCCUUACUACGGUCAAGCAAGCUUGGUGGGAGAUCAAUCCUUCUAUCUUUUUGGGUAGAAGGAUGGAGAAGAUCUCUUGAGCCUGGUAGGCUUCAUCUAGUGUAUCCUCAAGGGAGAGGCAGCUGAUGGGUAGUGUGCUUAUGCUUGGGAAGGGAGAAGUACGAUCUCAAGCCCCUUUUUGAAUAUUGAGGAGACUGAAGUAAGAUUCACAUCAGGGAUUUUUGAUCAUUAAUGCCAGAUCUUUGCAUUCCUAGGUUGGCAGUACACAUUUCAUUUUUUGAUUAGGUACUAGCUCAUGACUGUGUGUAUUUCUGUGGAAUUGGUUAGAACACGUGAUGCAGAGUUUAUGAUGGUCUCUGUGCUUUUAUAACGGCUGCAGGAGAACAGACAAUGCCUGGUCCAGUGCAAGACCUGCCAGUACACAAUUAACUUUUAAAUCAUUGUUGAAUACGUUUAAACCAACAGAGAAGCCUAUUCCAGAUCUGCACUUUGCAUAGUUUGGCCAUGGUGUUCUUAAUCAAUAAAAUAAGUGACGUUAACUAACACAUUUAUUAACUUUUUAAAAUGGUGUGCUUGUUAACAAUCCUUUUUUUUCCUAGUGAGUUAUUAAUCUACGAGUUUUUAUAGACUUCUUUGAAGAGGUUUUUCUUCAGUGGCAAAUACUAGUUUGUGAGCUACUUAACAUACCUGGUUGGUGCACCUUUUGGCUUGUUACAAAGACCAGCUAUGGAGAAGUGGAGCUUAAUGACAAUUACUGUUUUACUAGGACUUACUGUACGCUGGACUGUAUCACUUGGUUCUUAUUCAGGUGCAGGAAAACCACCUACGUAUGGAGACUAUGAAGCUCAGAGACACUGGCAAGAAGUUACUUACAAUUUACCCAUCAGGCAGUGGUACUUCAAUACAAGUGAUAACAACCUACAGUACUGGGGCCUUGAUUAUCCACCUCUUACUGCCUAUCACAGUUUUCUGUGUGCUUACAUUGCAAAGUUAAUAAAUCCUGAUUGGAUUGCUCUGCACACAUCUCGGGGGUAUGAGAGUCAGCCACAUAAGUUAUUUAUGCGUACAACAGUGUUUGUUGCUGAUUUGCUGAUUUAUAUUCCUGCAGUUAUUUUAUAUUGUUUUUCCUUGAAAGAAACAUCUACUAAGAAGAAGGUUUCCAGUGCUCUCUGCAUACUGCUUUAUCCAGGCCUCAUUCUUAUUGACCACGGACACUUCCAAUACAACUCAGUGAGCCUUGGCUUUGCCUUGUGGGGUGUACUUUAUUUGUCUUACGACUGGGACCUUUUGGGGUCAGUGGCAUUUUGCUUGGCCUUAAAUUAUAAGCAGAUGGAACUCUACCAUUCUCUGCCAUUUUUUUGCUAUUUACUUGGAAAGUGCUUCAAGAAGGGACUGAAAGGAAAGGGGUUAGUAUUGUUAACUAAAAUAGCCGGGACAGUGGUGGUUUCCUUUGCUGUCUGCUGGCUCCCGUUCUGUACCGACAUGGAACAAAUCAUGCAAGUACUCAGAAGACUCUUUCCCAUUGACCGAGGCUUGUUUGAGGAUAAAGUAGCCAAUAUUUGGUGCAGUCUAAGUGUCCUUAUAAAGAUAAAGAAUAUAAUAUCACCUCAAAUUCAACUAAAACUCAGUUUUGCAGUAACAUUCCUGAGCCUGCUUCCUACUUGUAUAAAACUAACUGUCCAGCCUUCUCUCCGAGGAUUUAAAUUUGCCUUGGUUAGUUGUGCAUUGUCAUUUUUCCUGUUCUCCUUUCAAGUACAUGAAAAAUCUAUUCUUCUAGUGUCAGUACCAGUCUGCUUGAUCAUAAAUGAAAUCCCUUUUAUGGCUACAUGGUUUUUACUUGUAUCAACGUUCAGUAUGUUGCCUCUUCUACUGAAAGACGGCCUGCUGCUGGCCUACACUGUGACAAUGCUGGCAUUCCUGUUGGCCUGUGUGGCUUCCUUUUCCAUAUUUGAGAAGACUUCAGCAGAGGACCUGCAGCUGAAACCGUUCUCCCUUUCCCUGAAGGGAUAUGUUUCUUGGUUUAAGUCAUUUCCAAAGAUUGUCAGGAGUCUGUUUCUUCUUUCCAUAAGCCUGAUGGGUGUCCUGUCUCUGAUGAGUGCUGCAGUGCAUCCUCCGCAGAGGUUACCAGAUUUAUUCCCUGUAUCUGUGUCCAUUAUUUCUUGCUUACACUUUUUAUUAUUUUUGGUGUAUUUUAAUGUUGUUAUACUCUGGGACUCAAAGAAUAGUAGAAGUCAGAAGAAAAUCAGUUAAUCAAAGACUAAACUGUGAAAGGACAGAGUAUUUUCAGUGAGUGGUGUCUGGCGUUGCAGGUAAACCUGUCUGUGGUGUAAUACAAUUCCUGUAACCUAAUGAAAAUCGGGAAAAAUGUUAUGCAUAUUUAACCACAUAAAUAAUUAAAGAUCGUUUUAAAGGAGAAGUAUGUUGAAGCGGACCUGGAAAUGUGAUUUGGUGUGUUUUCUUCAGAAGUGUAAUACUUUUGUUACCACUUGUAAACUUAAAUUACCUAAUAAAGGACCAAAUUUUGAA